AUGGCCGCCAGGGAGCUGGAGGUCCCGAUCGCUGAUGAGGGCGCCCCACAAGCGGCCGCAGAAGAGGCAGAUGGCGGCGGUGGCGGUAUCAAGGAGAUCUUGGAUGUUCCUUGGAUCAACCGAAGGACGGGCCUGGAUUUGAUCGUUAUCACCGUGCUGGGUAUAGUGCUGGGCCUGCUUUCGGUGCCGUACUGUUUGAAAUUUGGAGCGUGGGCAGUCCACAUGGACGUCGACUCCUGGUGCCAACUACCUGCUCGGUAA